AUGCAUGGCAUGCUUGAUACAUCACUGUUAGAUGCUGAAACUGGCAGUGCAUCUCAUAAUGGUUUUACAUAUUCGGCACAAUAUGGUAUACGUCGUGGAUCAGAUCGAGCGGAUGUUUAUCGAACACAAUUUGGUUCUUUAAGUGCUGACGAAUAUCUUACACCAAUGAUACAAGCAAGUCAGCGAAAUGAUGGAAAUGUUGCUCGACGUCUUUCGAGAUAUUCAUUUUUUAUUCCUCCACAAGUACACGUACAGCGACCUACAGAUGACCUCCAAGACAAACAUGAACAAUCAGGUUAUUUUUUUGGCAUACUUGUUUUAUUAAGUUAUUUCAUUGUCAUUAUUACAUUUCCAUUAUCAUUAUGUUUUUGUUUAAAAGUUGUACAAGAAUACGAACGAGCUGUAAUUUUUCGAUUAGGUCGAAUCUUAGCUGAUGGAGCACGUGGACCAGGACUAUUUUUUAUCUUACCAUGUAUUGAUACAUACAGUAAAGUUGAUCUUCGAACGGUUACUUUUGAUGUUCCACCACAAGAAAUUCUAACACGAGAUAGUGUAACAGUAGCUGUUGAUGCUGUUGUUUAUUUUCGAAUAUUUAAUGCUGUUAUAUCAAUAACCAAUGUUGAAGAUGCAGCUAAAUCAACAAAACUUUUAGCAGCAACAACACUACGAAAUGUUUUGGGUACGAAAACACUCCAAGAAAUUCUUGCUGAACGUGAUAAGAUUGAUACAGUUAUUCAAACUGGUCUUGAUGAAGCUACUGAUCCAUGGGGUGUUAAAGUUGAACGUGUUGAAGUCAAAGAUGUUCGUUUACCUGUAGCUUUACAAAAAGCUAUGGCUGCUGAAGCUGAAGCAUCACGUGAUGCACGAGCAAAAAUAAUUGCAGCUGAAGGUGAAAUGAAAGCAAGUCGAGGUUUAAAAGAAGCAGCUGAUAUUAUUAAUGAAUCACCUGUAGCUUUACAAUUAAGACUUUUACAAACUUUAACACAAAUUGCUGCUGAACGUAAUUCAACAAUUGUCUUUCCUAUACCUGUCGAGAUUUUACAAGCUCUAUCACGAAGUAAAAAUUAG